CAGCAAUUUCAGCAAUCUUAUGACUUGUGGGGAAGUAAACAAGGUUGGCAGGGACGCUGAAGUCGGACAGGGAAAAAUCUCCUCCUUUCAGUCAAACCGUCUCCGACCUGAACUGAACAAUGGCCAACUCACAAGUGCCUGUUGUCACAAUCGGCCCAUUGGGAGACGGUCCGGUUCAGGUUUUCUGUCCAAAGUGUAACCAGGCAGUCCUCACUAAGGUGGACUACUCCUCUGGUCUGCUCACGUACCUUUUCUGUGGAGGUCUCUUUCUCUGUGGCUUUGUUUUAGGUUGCUGCCUCAUCCCAUUCUGUGUGGACCGGCUGAAAAAUGCAAAGCACUCCUGUCCUACCUGCAAGAAUGAAUUUGGCGUCUACAAACGUUUAUAACUCGUAUUAGGGCUCCAAAGAAAAACUUGCUGGUUACUUGCUUAAUUCAAGAUAUAAUUGAUUUCCUUUUUCUCAUACACUGGAUUUUGAUUUUCAAACAUUUGGACAAGCUUGAACUCAGAGAAAUGAUGAAGAGCUUCUUUUGAAAAUCUGCUUUUGGCUUUUUUGCACAAUCUGCAUGGAACUCCCUUCAAAGCACUUUAAAAAUGAAUGCAUUUGUUUCUUUUAGUCAUUUUUAAUAAUUAGUUUGAAACUUUUUAACCUCUGAUUGCACCUGCACUGACUUUGAGUUAACAUU